UACGAACGAGUAACCAAGCGACGAGGAAACAAUUCAAACGCAAAAUGUCACUUAUGCCGUAUUGGGCGCGUCAUUUUCGGAAUCUGGCCCUCCGUGAUCCUAUCGGAAGGGCAUUUGAGGAUCCUUUCGUUGUCUUCACUCGCGAUCCUUUCUUCCGCGACCCGAUAAAGUUCAUCAAGGAAGCAACAGCGCCUCUGCAGCAUGGGAUCGAGGGAGCAUACUCCGACGCCGAAGUCAAAGUCGACGGGAAGAAAGUUGAGGUGCAUUUGGACGUGCAGAAUUUCACCCCAGAUCAGAUCCAAGUGAAGACAGUCGGGAAUGAAAUCAUGGUUGAAGGAAAAAAGGAGGUGAAACGCGAGGAUGGUUGGACGAGGAGCCAUUUUGAGAGGAGGUUCCUGCUUCCCGAAGGUUUUCCUCCGGAGAGAGUCGAGUGCCAUCUUGAUAAGGGGAAGCUGUUGCUAGUCGCGUUCAGAUCUGAGCCUCUGGAAGAGAGGACCAUCAAGAUCAACGCCAAAGAAGAGAAGGAACCGAAAACGAUUGAGAAGUAGAUUGGUUGUUAGGCAUUUAGGUUUU